GUCCCCGCUAUCUGAUAGGAUUCAUUGGUGCACGCAGCUUGUAACUCUGGCUUGUCCAAUGCUCGACUGGGCAACAUGGAAGCACCUCUCCUCCCUCCCUACUCUUCUCAAAUUGAGAAUUGAGCAAGGAUGUAAUGACCCUUCUUCGUUGUCAAAAUGAGAUAUCGUGAAUCUAUCAUUCCUUAACAUCACAACCCUUUUUUUUCAAGAGCUCUACGAUCCUAAAGAUAUCAUCACAGUCAUGCAACACUCGCAAUUUCCCUCGCUGAAAGAGUUCGCGUUUGAAGCCAACUAUUUCUUUUCAGAACAGGCCGAGCAACUCUUUCAUGCUCUGUCCCACUGUCGGACUCUAGAAGAAAUCUCCAUUUGUUCUUAUGAUGACGAAUUCAUGGGAAACGACGGAUCUUUGACACCAAUUCCGCAUUUCCUUUGCUUCACACAGCUCCGAACCCUGAAGCUCAUGUUGAAUAAUUUUCACAUCUACCUGGACAAUGACAUGCUCUUGCAAGCUAUGUCUAGUUGGCCGCACAUCUGCACCCUGGAAAUUGAUGACUCUGCUUUUUCUUCCGAAGUCACCCUCCGUGGAUUAUUCACAGUGCUCGGUCUAUGUCCACAAUUGCAUACACUACAAGUUCCAAUCAAGAUUGCAACUAUCGACAUCGAUCCUGAUGCUGAGCCAAUACAACAUACCUCCCUACGAUCAUUGGAUUUGGAGUCAUCCGAGUUUCAAAUAGCGGAUGCUGAAAUUAUCGCUCGCAUCAUUUCCGCCUGGCUCCCUUGUAUCGACCAAGUUCAAAACCUAUAUAGUUUAAGUUGGGUUGAAGUCAACAGGCAUCUUAGAUCUUUGAGAGUGGCUACUGCGCCGCAUGUCGUGGGAGCCUCCUAGAAUAUUUGGGUUUGGAAUACAUUCACGAAUGUU